UAUGGUAUGCCUUUACUUGCCUAAGCGAAUAGUUGCUUCUGGCAAUUGUCACAUUUUUAUGUCUAUUAGUCCCAAAUAGCACUGAAUGUUCAUCUCUAGUAAUGCUGGCAACCAUUCCUGGUCUGGUCAAAACUUCCAUCAUUUCCUGCUGUUCCUGUUUGAUUGCCCUUUGGACGGUUUUCUUCAAAAUGGGAUCUCCUUUGAUCGCUUCGUUGAACCGUGUCGAACUUCUAGCUGCAGCAAGCAAGGACUUUGCAUCCAGUAGCCUCAAAAUAAGACACCACAUUUCCACUGGGAGAGUGGAAAAUGCAGCGCUAAAUACACUCACAAGUGGAAGAAUUUGGUACAUCUUGGUUUAAAGAGUUAAUGCUUGUAAUCUUCCGAUGCAGAGUAUUUAUACAGUGUUGAGAGUAAUGAACCAGAAAAUUGUCGAUGUGGAAAGACGGAAAUUGCCACGUGGCCAAAAGUUGUCAAUCGACGAAAGAACUAAAGAGCUGCUCUUUCAAAAGUCUCAUAUUUUCUUGUUGUUAAAAUUAGUUUCGUCUUGUGCUCUGAAGUAACUGAAAAUUCUAUUUGACAUAAAACAAUCAAUAGCCCAGGUUAUCGGUCAGUUCUUGUUGAUAUAUUCUCAAAAAGAUAACAAAAAGCAUUUUUAUUAAGUUUGAGAGACCUCAACUUUGCAUUCAUUUUCUAAAUCAACCCAGGGGACAUUUGAUCACAUAACAAAUAAUAAAUAAAAUCCAAUAUGAUCGCAACGUUUGUCCAUCAGAAACAAAGCGAAAGACGGGCAAAAUAGGGAAGAAAAUACGACUGGAGCUCUGUAUUCGCCCGAUGGCCCAAUAUGACGGCAGUCGCAUUUUAGAGCUCGUACAGAGCGCUCAAUUUCGCUCUCCAUCGGAAAAAUACGUGAAUUUCUAUGUUUGAUUAGUGAGAUGUUCUAGCUUAGUGAAAAGAAGAUGAAAAUGUUAUUCAAAGGCCACAGUACUCGUUUGGAGUUACUUAUUGAGAAAAUUCAUUCUAAUAAGGAGAACUCAUGCCAAGAUUCUGAAAUUUCUGGUAGUACCUUAUCUGAAGCGCGACCGGCGAGCAUUGAUAACAAUUUACCUGAAACGAAUUCAGAAUCGCCCAAGUCUCAAAGUUAUUCUGAUACGGAAGAGGAGAGAGACUGGGAUGAUUCGAGAAAAGCUGAUAAUGCAGAUAAUUCAAAGUCGGGGUUUGAUGGAGAUAACGUUAGUGAUAAGGACUCAUCAGAGAGCAAAUUUCUGCAAUUCUCAUGCACAUAUUGUCCAAGACAGUUUAAACAUAAACGUUCGAGAGAUCGACAUAUUAAGCUACAUACGGGAGAUAAGAAGUACAAGUGCAUACAAUGCGAAUCAGCUUUUGCCAGAAGCGAUCAUCUGAAAAUUCACAUGAGAACCCAUGACGUGAAAAAACAGUACAAGUGCCAUCGGUGCAAUAAAGGCUACAAUACUGUUAGCGCUUUUAGUUUUCAUGAAAAAUCGCAUGAGAAAGAAGAUUUAGGUACGAACAGUGUACAGGAGAAUUAUUCCAAAAUUUUAUCUGGCUCAGAGGAUUGCGACGAAUCUGAUGGCCCACAGAAUUCCUCUUCUAUUUGGCCUAGUUCUCGUGAUUUCGACAGUGAGGAAAACACGGACAUAAAAACUAUUUGCGUCUAUUGUUUCCAGUGGUUUUCCAGUAUCGAACUGAUGAGGGAGCACAUACAAACAUGCCAUAAAACUUUAGACGAUAAAAAGUUUCAGAAAUAUCCGAUAAAAUUUAACAUCACCAAAAAGUCUCAAGAGCCUUUAUUUCAAGUUGACACUUCAACGGAAAAAGAAGAAUCAUUAUUAAAGAGAACUAAUGAAGAACAUGUAAAUGAAGACUAUCCAUUAAAAAAACUACACUAUGAAGACAGUUCGACAUCUCAAGAGUCUUUCAUAUGCUCUUGUUGCUAUGAGCCUUUACCAAACUUUAAGAGCUUUCUCAUACACAUGGAAACCCACGUUUCAUCCAUAAAGAAUAAGAUUUUCCAUCAAUACCAGACGGAAACUAAUGACCUUUUCACUAACAAUUCCUCCAUUAUUCCAUUGAGUAACUACUUUUGCUGUUGCCACUGCAACAUGUACUUUGAAACUUCUGAGAAACUCCAAGACCAUCUGAUUGAACGUCACGUUGCUACUUUGUAUCGAUGCUAUUUAUGUGAGAAAACCUUUGACAAUAUGCCGUCGAUGAAGGCACAUUUAAAAUCUAAGCACAUAAGCAACUGCGAACAUUUUGAGUGCAACUGUCUUGAAGAGCCAAAGUUAUUUCACGACCGCGUCUCUGCUGAGCUGCAUUUUUCCAAGUUUCAUUCGUUAAAUAAAGUUGCCGCUGAUGAUUGGCACGAGCAUAGAUCGAAACUUUCCUUGGACUCAAUUGGUAUGAGAAUUAAGGAGGAAUAUGUGCAAGGGGUUUCCGAAAGUUCAUCCGGACUAUUAGGAUCGGCAAGUUAUCGAUGCAACUACUGUAAGGAGUUUUGCAAGUCCAAAAACGAUUUACACCUGCAUUUAAGGUCGCAUCAACUGUCCGAAAAAUCCAGACAUAAAUGUAACAUUUGUGACGAAACUUUUGGGUCAUCUCCAGAAUUAGCCAGCCACAAACUUGUCCACUGCAAAAUUGUCGAGGGAAAUAUUUGUGUGCCCUGUAAGACAGUGUUAAUCGACGAGGACUCAUUUGUGAAACAUCAGCUUAAACACAAUAAUAACUCCAAAUCUGCUACUAAGCUGAAUUUAAUUCUGCCCUAUAUUUGUAUCGUUUGCGGACAAACGCUACAAAGUGAUCGAGAAAUUGAGCUUCAUGCUAAAUUUCACUUGAAGUUUCUCUCUGAACAGUCUAGAAGUCGAGUGUCUGAAUCUUAUUCAGAGGAGGCAGUUUUCUCUCUUGGAGAUAAAGUUGUAAAUCAUGGAACUACACUGAACACUACCUUGGAGCUAGAGUGUCAUCUAUGCAAAAAACCUUUCACCAGUAAAGAAAAACUGCAAAUUCACUUAAUAGAGCACAACUUUUUCGGAAUUAACCAGUAUAAUUGUUACGUGUGUUCUUCAGUGUUUACAGGUGCUGCCGGUCUUCAGUCUCACCUCUUGGCACACAACUUAUCGGAAAAACCCUAUCAGUGUUCCCGUUGUUCUGCCUGCUUCUUUUUCAGAGCGGAACUGGAUAAUCACAAAUAUUUGCACAGCUUUAAGAUGCAAUUUGAUUGUCUAAGCGACGAGUCCAUUGCUCAAGCCCGCCAUUUUACUGGUGCUUGAAUAUAGCGCAUCAAUCCAUGUUAAUUUAUUUAUUGAUUUGAUACUGAUCAGUUGUUGAGAUGUUUUUACUCGUUGAUUCUACUUAGUUGGCGUAAAAGUAUUUUUUUUUGGAAUUAUACCUUGUUGUCUGUUAUGUAAAAUUAAUUAACCGUGUUUAUCCAUUUUAAUUGUCUGCGAUUGAAUUGUUGGCACCGGCAAAUCUCUCAAAUCGUGAUAUGUUACAUGCUAAAAAAAUAUGUUAAUAAAUAUUGUUGUAAAUGUCA